UUCAAAACUGUAAUGUUAUGAUAGCUAUAAUUCAGCUGUUUCGCAUUUCCAUGCAUAUACUAAAUUGGAGUAAUUUCGGUGAGUUAUAAAUUAGAAUUUCAAAGAAGCUCUUUGUCUUGCGUCACGUAACGGUGUAUUGAAUUGAAAGGACAUAAGUUUAAGUUUACCGUUUUAUGACCAACAUUGCAUUCCAAUACGACUGUAAUGAUGGAAAUCCAUUUUAAUUCCUAAACAGGUUAUGGAGUUUGAGAUUUAGCCAAACGUAGUUCUUUAGUAUUAGUUAAUAACCCGAACAAUUCAAAUAAGCGACUAAUUUAUGAUCAAUUCGGGCCAUCUCCUGAGUCUCCUCUGACGAAAAUCAUAUUGUCAAACGGUACUUCGCCGUCGUUGACUGAACUCCGAAGCAUUCAAGUCCAAGUGCUUAUCAAAUUUAAAUUUAAAUACGCUGCCGAAGCAGCCGAACUAAUAUUUAUCACGAAUACAGUUUUGUAUGCAACGAAAUAAAUAAUCUACAGUUUUUGGAGUUUGUAGAAAAAAUCACAAUGACUCUAAUAAAGAAGAAAUUCGAAUUCCAAGGAAUGAUGGCACCAACAUUCGCACCCUUUAAUGAGGAUGGAUCGCUGAACACGUCUCUCAUCAGCCACUACGCACAGCUACUCCAUGAUGGAGGCGUAAAAGGAGUCUUUGUGAACGGUUGUCUUGGCGAAGGCUACUCCAUGACGUCAGACGAGCGCAUGGAGGUAGCCGAAGCCUGGGCUAAAUGUUCGGACAUGGUCGGCUGCAUCGUCGUGCAAGUGGGGGGUGCGAGCAUCAAGGAUGCGCAAAUAUUGGCACGUCACGCGGAGUCCCUCGGAGUGUCAGGGAUCGCCCUGCUGCCGCCGGUCUACGACAGACCUGCUACGGUGGCGCAGCUCGUCGACUACUGUCGUGACGUGGCCUCUGCUGCUCCAAACACCCCCUUCCUUUAUUACCAUUAUCCCCUCAAGACUUCAGUUAAUUUACCCAUGGACGAGUUCCUAGAGGUUGGGGCAGCCUCAAUCCCCACGCUGGUGGGUAUGAAAUUCACAAGCCUUGACGUCGAAGGGGAGGGCAAGCGAUGCCAGUUCGCUGUCAACGGUGUCAUGAACAUCUUGCCGGGCUUCGAUGAGACUCUCACAACAGCUAGGAAGUUAAAUUUCUCCGGCGCUAUCAACGGAGUAUUCAACUUCAUGCCGUUGGAGGCCGGGAGGUUAUUUUGCCUGGCAGGACUGCCUGCCGACAGCGACUGUUGCAUACCAAAAGAAAAGCGAGACGGACUCAUCGAGUGCCUGCAAGCGAGGAUCAACGUUCCUUGGAAGAUUGUUAUCGACACUUGUGGCCACUUCUCUGUCUCCGGCGCAAAGCACGUGAUGACGCAACUGACCGGCAUCAACGUAGGGCCCGCGCGACGGCCUCAGGUUCCUCUCACCACCGACCAGGCUAAAGCCAUUGCAGAAGGCAUCCAGAAACUCGGGUUUGUUUGCUGCAAAGAACGGUGCCGCAAAACUUCCGAAACUGUCAUAAAGUGUUAACCCUGUCGAAAAUCAUGAUGGGGCGGAGAAAGUUAGGUGGAUGAAAAAUUAUAUUUUCGAAGAAAGUGUGUUAAUUGUUUAGAAUGAUAGGAAAGCGCCAGCUGUGAUGUGAAAGAUGAUUACCUUGUUUAUGCAAGGAAUGAUGCAAUGUUAAAUAGGAAAUAAUGUUUCUACCCAAUAAAGAAAUGAAAUUGGGCGUAUAAGUGUAUAAGACAUUAAUGGGUUAUAUGUAAACUAUUCCCUAGGUCGAGAAUCGCUUUGUUAAUAACACCGAGUAUAGCCGCAACAAAGCGAUGGAUGUUCGUCAAAAGAUGUAUUAUUGAAACAACUUGGUACGUUUUCAUCAAUAUAUUGAUAAAUUUACAAAAAUAAUAUGCUAUUAGUACGUACAUCUGUUAAUAUCAUUGCGUGAUAUUAUGUUUUCUUAACACGACCCAUGUUAAAUAGGAUCCAAAUAUCUGCCAAUGUGUAAUAUAAGUCCUGUAGGAUUGUGACGUAUAGCGUACAUGAACGCUCGAUCAAAGGCAACAGUCGGACCUUUUUGAUUUCGUGGCCGCUUGCGCCUCUUAGGAUUCUGAGCUGCCCGGCGUGACUCGGAAACGUUUUUCCAAACAUUACGAACACUGCUUCCUUUCACAUGUUCUUGAUCACUAGACAAGUUUCGAGGUUUCUGUUUUAGGUUCACACUCUCUUGUUUUGCUUCAAAUUUAAUUUGUACCCCUUCGGCGCCAUCAAAUAGGGACUCGUAUUUUAGUGGGCCUUCUGUAAGCUCUCCAAUGACAUUCAUUCCCCCAGAUUUCUUCAAUACAUCAUUAUUCGUUCUUUUUUCCGUGUUCAUUUUAUGGGAUUUCUCAUUUUCGAAUGUGUCUGCGAUCUCCAAUUUUUUAUGUCUCCUCUGGCCCAGUUUAAAUUCUUGAUAAUCGAAUCCAGGAUAAUCUUUCAAGAGUCGCCAUGACGGAGAUUGCGGCUCGUUUUUCCCGCGCUUUUCUUGACCAAUUGACUCAUCCGAUUGAGAGACACGCGCGUCCUUCACCUGCAGAUUUUCUGAAUACCUUGACUGGAAACGGCUUGUGACAUUAGACGAUGAAUCAUAGGGGUCCUCAGCUGUCGAUGCUAGUGGUAAAAAAACACUUCUAAAUGAGAAUGAUGAAUUUUCCAGCAAACAUGAGUGAAAUUCCGUAAGUUGGACUACGUCAGCCAAAUGAAGGGACUUGAUGGAGUUCACGCCCGAGUAGUCGGUUUCUUUCUCCUGAGUGAAGUAAACUUUUAAUUAAUGUAAA